GCCAAUUCCAGCUGGAUCAGCUUCGAAAAGACUUCAACAAGGCCAACAAGGAAGUCGCCGCCAAGAAGAUUGCGAAGCAGGAUGCGACAGAGGAGAUAGCCAAGGUGAAAUCCAUCGACGAGGCGAUUAAAGCCAAGGCGGUGGAGGUGGAGGAGAAGCGCAAGGAGGUGGACGCGCGCGUGAACACGAUCGGCAACCUGGUGCACGACUCCGUGCCCGUGGACAACGACGAAGACCACAACGCCGUCAUUCGCACGUGGGGCGAGCCCCGCACGGACGAGGGGGUGAAACGCAACCACGUGGAUCUGGUGCACAUGCUGGACAUCGCCGACUUGGAGAGAGGCGCGAGCACGGCGGGGGGGCGAGGGUACUACCUCAAGGGGAUGGGCGUGAUGCUGAACCAGGCCCUCAUCAGCUUCGGCCUCUCGUUCCUUGUGCAGCGCCAGUACACGCCGUUGCACACGCCCUUCUUCAUGCGCAAGGACGUCAUGGCGGAGUGCGCGCAGCUCGCGCAAUUCGACGAGGAGCUCUACAAGGUGUCGGGAGAAGGCGACGACAAGUACCUGAUCGCCACGUCGGAGCAGCCGCUGUGCACGUACCACCGAGGGGAAUGGCUCGACCCCAAGGCUCUCCCUCUCAGAUACGCGGGGUACUCGACGUGUUUCCGCAAGGAGGCGGGGUCGCACGGGCGGGACACGCUGGGCAUAUUCCGCAUCCACCAGUUUGAGAAGGUGGAGCAGUUCGCCAUUACCAGCCCCAACGCCACCGACUCGUGGGAGAUGCACGAGCAGAUGCUCAAGAACUCGGAGGAGUUUUACCAACAGCUGGGUCUGCCAUAUCGGGUGGUGGCCAUAGUAUCAGGGGCGCUCAACGACAGUGCAGCCAAGAAAUAUGACCUGGAGGCGUGGUUCCCGGCCUCCAAGACCUUCCGUGAGCUCGUGUCCUGCUCCAACUGCACUGACUACCAGGCCAGGCGGCUUGAGAUCAGAUACGGCCAGAAGAAGAUGAAUGAGACAACAAAGCAUUACUGCCAUCUGCUCAACAGCACUCUCACUGCUACAGAGCGCACCAUUUGCUGCAUCCUCGAGACCUAUCAGACUGAGACAGGUGUUACUGUGCCAGAGGUGCUUCGGCCCUUUAUGAUGGGUGUUGACUUCAUCCCCUUCGUAAACGCCCCCCCUAGCGCACCGGCGGAUAAAAAAGCUGCCAAAGCAGGCGGGAAAAAGGAGAAGGGAGGUGGAGGAAAGAAAGCAGAAGCCCCUGCUGCAGCAGCUGCAGUGAAGGAGACUGCGGAUAAGCUAGCAGAGGCUGCCAUUGAUGGAGAUAAGUAA